AUGAGUUCCGAAAACUUUUCAUCCGCAAGACAUCCUUUGGCUUCUUUAUCACCGUCCUCGGUAAACCGGCAGCAGAACUCAAAAAAGCGAUCUCUGACUUCGUCGCCUUCCUCUUAUGGAAAGGGACCCGGCCGCCAUCAUAGACGCACAACAUUGAAAAGAAGCUUUGGAGUGCUCAAUCUAUCACUAGGGCAAAGCCCUAAGGUAGAGCAUGUAAUCAAGAAAAAACCGCCUACCAAAGACCGCAAGGAUCCAACAACUAUGGUCCAAUCAUUCAGCGAGCUUCAAUUUGAGGAGGCAACGCGACAGCCAGCACUAAUGCCGACAUCAUCUUAUGAUGUGAACGAGCAGGAAGAUUCGCCUUCGAAAUGUGCUUUGGCCCACAGAUUGGGUAGCAGGAGAGGACCACUUGAUAAGGCACCAUUCACAAAUCCAGGGGAGCCAUUUGCAGCACCGGCCGCACUUAGUAGCGUUAAACCGCUGCAGACGGCAUUUACAAAUUCUGGUCUUCGCAGUAAGAAGAGCUUAAGCCGCCGUCUGAGGACCAGAAUGCCUGAUACACCUUGCAAGAGACCUCCACACACAAUAGUAGACGUGAACGGGGCGCUUGGAGGGUUCAGGCGGCAGUUUUUCCAGUCUGAAAAUGGAGAAAUGCUGGAUUCUGCCACAGACACCCCUUUCAGGCAGAGAAAGACACUAUCGUGUCCUCCGACAUCAACAUCUCCGUAUCUGCAAGAUGAUGCACACACUUCUUUGUCGGCAUCAUCUGCCAGACUCACCCACUCGGACAGAGCUGACAGAGCAGUUAAUACUGCGGAUUUGCAAAGCUGCAUACGAAGAUUCACGAAAGAAUUCGAGGAAGAAGACAUAAAUGGGUCCAGUGGUAGCGGCAGCAUCUUCAGCGAGCCUGAUACGGCUAAAAACCUACAAGAGUUCGAGAAUACAUGUAUGGAAGAUGUUGACAUUGAUCUGGAGAAGUUGGGUGGGCCGCAACUGGAGAAUUUCGAGCAGAAGUACAGGGAGGACGCCGAUUUUCCCCCAACACCCACCAAAUUGAAGGUUUACAGGGACAACAGCUCGCCAUCAUCAGCCUCCUCGUACACUAGAGCAAGUCCCUGCAGAUAUAGAGGUAUAUCGAGCAGAACAAGGGGCCAGUUUAGGAGAAGAACUGUGCCAGGUCACAUUUCACUUGAUUCGAUGGCUACACCCGAGCUAUCCGAAACUGCACCUCGGACUCCUGUGGAAUGCAUGAUUGGUCUUUCUCAACAGUCAGCGGCCUUCAACUCUCUUCCUAGAGUGAGUAGUGCUCCAAAGGAAAGUUCACUCAGCGAGUCCACCGACUCUGAUCCAUGCUUAUUGGCGAAAUUCGGCAAUUGCAACCUUGUUGGAAGCGGCGAGUUCUCCAUAGUAUAUGCGAUCAAGUAUCGCGGGGAUCGGUUUGCAGUUAAGAGAACGAAAAAGCAGAUAACGGGGCCAAAGACCAGGAUGAGGAAGCUACAGGAGGUUGAAAUUCUACGGACUCUUCAGUCGGAUCAAAGUGCAGAGGAUGACCCGGAAGACCAGUUGGAGGGUAAAGAAUACGUUGUGGAGCUCAAGGAUUACUGGGAAGUGAACUCGUACUUGUACAUUAUGACUGAGUACUGUGAGAACGGCACGCUGGAGACAUUUUUGGCAGAGACCGGUAAAAUAUCGCGGCUAGAUGAGUGGAGAGUUUGGAAAAUCAUGGUGGAGAUGCUUUUGGGGGUCCGGUACAUCCAUAAGCACAACAUUCUUCAUUUGGACCUCAAGCCCGCCAACAUUUUGAUCACAUUUGACGGUUCGUUGAAGAUUGGAGAUUUUGGCGUGGCUUCCAAGAUGCCAAUACCUCCUUUCUUCGACCGCGAAGGAGAUAGAGAGUAUAUUGCCCCGGAGGUGAUAUCAAAGCACAUGUAUAGCCCGGCUGCAGAUAUAUUCAGCUGUGGUUUGAUACUCGUUGAAAUCGCUGCGAACAUCGUGCUUCCUGAUAACGGCACCUCGUGGCAGAAACUUCGUUCUGGAGAUUUUACUGACGCCGGAAGACUUUCCUCAAGCGACUUGACAGAGUUGGGAGGGUCACUUUUUUCCAUGACGAGCGCAGACUCCAGUAAUGGCACAAGCGUGGCUAUAAACAGCCGUGAGUUGGAGAGUGAUGACACCUGUUACUUGAAGCCUCCUGCCAGUCGUUUUAAUGUGUUGACAUCUGAAUUUGGCGCCAACUCUACUUUGGGUGCAGGCUGUGACAAUGAGCAGACUGGAACUUUGAAAUCGUUGAAUCAGCAUGUGCCGGCAUGGGCCCCAAGGUGGUUUCAGGAUGGUUCGGCUCCUCUUGAUAAGGUUGUUGCUUGGAUGAUUGAUCCAAAUCCGGAGAACAGACCCAGUGCAGGACAGAUUUUAAAGAGUUACGAGUGUUCUCUUGUGAAUCUCCGCCGGAAAAGUGGUGCAACAAUCUAUGAGGGAGACUACGGUCCACACUUAGUUGCCAAUAACCCAGAUGACAAGCACAUUCUAACGGCAGAGCAGUGCCUAGGGAAAACACGUUAUAAGCUCAGCGACAUGAUAACGAGAAAAUAA